AUGGGCAGAUUCACUUUCAAGGCACCUGAAGGUGUCAAUGCCACAAAACUUCCAGUUUAUAGCGGAAAGGUGCUCAUUUUCCACGGUAACUACUCCGAAGCCGAAUGGUCCUAUCCUCCCGUAGUUGGGGAGAAGGGUUUCGUAGGCUCGGCCACCAGCUGGAACGGCACUGCAAGCUCUUCUUGGUUCAUUCCUGGCGAGGACAGUGAAGAUGACAUCUUCUCUUUCCCUCUUUAUACUCAACCAAAUGGCCGAAAUGGUAUCUACUACUGGCUCGGAAGAUAUGCCAAUGGAUCCCAGGUGCUGCCUGGAUCAUACACUUUCCGGAUCGCAGCUCUGCGGCCUUUUGGUGUACGCGAGGUCGCUGGGGACUGGGACAUCUGGAAGACCCCCGCCAUCACUGUGUUGCCAGGAAGCACAUUUGAGGCCUAG